CAAGCGUCCGGGCUGCAACAGGGCUCCGAAUUGGAAGAAAGAUCACGCAAUUUCACACAGGAAGCACCAGCAUCUUCGUGGGGUGUCUGGUGAUUAUUACUACGACACCAGCGGGCCAUCUGUUGCGGCCACAGAGGACUUGAACCCUUGUUAGACCGCCGGUGCUUUACCGCUCCUCCGUGUCUGAAACCCUAUUUAAUUACUUGCCCAUUAUUCCUCAUUGUCUCAAAUGGGUUCUCUUUCCUCCCCCUCUCCUUCGUCUCUUCCCUCCUCGUCAACCUUCUCGCCUCCUUCCUCGAUUCUCAUCAUCGGCUCAGGAGUCUUUGGGCUUGGCACUGCACUAGCCCUCGCCCGCCGCGAUGCCUUUGCCCGGUGUUCGAUAACCGUCGUCGACAGGUCGGACCCGUCUCAACCCGGAGCGACCUUUCCCUCCCCGGACGCCGCCAGCGUCGACACCAGCCGCAUCAUCAGGGCUGACUACGCCGACCCGGCUUACGCUGCCCUGGCUGACGAGGCCCAGGCGGAAUGGCGUAAGCAGGACAAGCCCACCGAUCUCGGUGCGGAAGGGCGCUACAGUGAGGCCGGCUUGCUCUUGGUUGGCGACGUUGCGCCGCCUGCGCCAGCCGCGGGCCCCGCCGGCGAGGGUCUGAAACCCAAGCUGACGGGCAUGGAUUAUGCCCGCAAGAGCUGGGCCAACGUCCUGUCUCUGGCCUCAAAAGACUCCCAACUCGCCGCCCGUGUCCGAGAGCUGCCCAAUCCCGACGCCAUUCGUGAUGCUCUGGGAACAGGUGGCAGCACCGGGUCAUGGGGCUACAUCAACCACAACAGCGGCUGGGCGAACGCAGCCGCCUCGAUGGCAUACCUCCUUGGCCAAGUCCGCCGCACCGAACGUGUCAACUUCGUCACCGGCACUGUCAUCUCCUUGGAACACAGCGAGAACACUGUCACCGGCGCCAGGCUCGACGACGGCCGCGUCCUAUCCGCCGAUCUCGUCAUGGUCGCGGCCGGCGCAUGGACCGGAGGGUUAGUUGACCUGGCCGGGCAAGCAGUCGCCACCGGGCAGGUCUUGGGCUAUCUAGACCUGACCGAGGCCGAGCAGGAGAAGCUAGCCAAGAUGCCCGUCGUCUUGAACCUCUCCACGGGGCUGUUCGUCAUCCCUCCCAAGGACCGAGUCCUGAAGAUCGCCCGGCACGCCUACGGCUACAUUAACCCGGUCACUCUCGGCACAGCGCCGCCGCUCCCGCUAUCCCCUGGAUUACCGCCCCACCCAUCGGUCUCCCUCCCGCGAACCUCGGUCACCGACCCGUCCCUCUCCAUCCCGGCCGAAGGCGCAGCCGAUCUGCGCCGCGCGCUGCGCGAGAUGAUCCCCUGGCCGGAGCUCCACGACCGCCCGUUCAGCAAGACGCGCCUGUGCUGGUACUCGGAUACGGCGACGGCCGACUUCCUUAUCGACUACCACCCGAACUGGAAAGGCCUCUUCGUCGCCACUGGCGACAGCGGCCACGCGUUCAAGCUCCUACCCGUCAUCGGCGAGAAGAUCGCCGACUGCAUUGUGGGCAGCUGCCCGCCCGAGUUCAAAGGCAAAUGGGAGUGGAAGGCAAAGACGGCCGCCAGCCCCGGCAUCACACUGUUCACGGAGGACGGUAGCAGAGGCGGCAAGCCUGGCCUUGUGCUGGCUGACGAGCUGGCCAAGUCUGAGGCGGUUGCCGCUGCGACUACGUGAGGGAGCCUGCGCGGGUCACCAGGUAAGGGCACCUUGGGACUCGAGGAGGAGGGGACAAGUGCAGCCACGAUCAGGUAAGCUCACAACACCAGAUACAUCACAGCAACUUAUGGGCACCUGUUAAGUCAAUAGAUCAUUUUUGACGGCAGCAACAGACCACAACUCAAGCCGCAAU